GUUAAUCAGCGUCAGCUGAUCUAUGUUUAUCUGUUAUCGAAUGAAGGAGUUUCACAGUUGUUUAAAAACCCACAGAAAACAAACUUUAUUAAAAUGAACAAUGACAACCCCAAUAUAGUAUUUAAUCCCCUGAUUAGCUGCAUCCAGAAGGUAGUGCUGUAUGAGACGCGUACGCGUCUCUAUUUGGUGGGCAGCAACAACCGGGAGACAAGAUUCCGCCUACUCACCAUCGACCGUCUGGCGCACAACCGCCUAAGCAUUGAGGAGAAUGCCAACGAGUUCAACAGCCAGGAGAUUAGGCGCUUUGUGGCCUCGCUCACCGGCUCGCCGAGGGUGAUUUCAGCUUACGGUGUGCUUGGGUUCGUACGCUUCCUCGAGGGCUACUACCUGCUGCUGGUGACCAAGCGCAAGUGCUGUGCCCACAUCGGCCGACAUCUAGUUUACACCAUUAAGGACACGGUGAUGGUGCGCGUAAACGAGGUGACCUCCCAACGUCCACCGCAUCCCAACGAGGUCCGUUACAAGCGGAUGUUUAGCAAUAUCGAUUUGCGCAGCAAUUUUUACUUCUCGUACUCGUACGAUCUGACGCGGACGCUGCAGUACAACGAGUCGGCACCGCGCUUUGUCGGCGCAAAGGUGGACCUUGACCGUGACGAACCAUUGCCCGACUGGAAUUCGCUGACCAACAACGUGGAGCAAACGCACGAGCGCGUGGACUAUGCAUUUCGCAGUGAUUCGCGCAAGCGUUUCGUAUGGAACGCCUACCUGUUGCAGCCGAUGGAGGGCAUCAUGCUGAAGGACUGGUUGCUGGAGAUCACACACGGCUUCGUCAGUCAGUCGUGCAUUAGCAUCUUCGGGCGCCAUGUCAAUGUCUGCCUCAUAGCCAGGCGGAGUUCACGCUUUGCAGGCACUCGCUUUCUGAAGCGCGGCGCCAACUUCCAAGGAGACGUGGCCAACGAGGUGGAGACGGAGCAAAUUGUCAGCGAUGGGCAGCGGAUGUGUGCCUUCACCCAGAUGCGUGGCUCAAUUCCUUCGCACUGGUCGCAGGACAUCAGCAAGAUGGUGCCAAAGCCACAGAUUCAGCUGGACAUAUGCGAUCCCUACGCCCAGACGCCGUCCCUGCACUUUGAGCGCCUGCUGUUCCACUACGGAGCACCGCUGAUAAUGCUGAAUCUGGUAAAGAAACGGGAGCGACGCAAGCACGAGUCGAUCAUAUCCAAGGAGCUGGAGUAUAGCAUCCGCUAUCUGAACCAGUUCCUGCCGCCGCCGCAUCGCAUGAAGCACAUUCACUUCGAUAUGGCGCGACAGAGUCGCCUGAGCGGCGGCAAUGUCAUGGAGCAGCUGGCCAUCCAUGCCGAGAGCAUUAUCCAGCAGACGGGGAUGUUUUUUAAGGCCCCCGGCAGCGACCUGGGUCUCCAAACGGGUAUCGUGCGUACCAACUGUGUGGACUGCUUGGAUCGCACCAACUCGGCCCAGUUUGCAAUUGGUAAGUGCGCCCUGGGCCAUCAGCUGGAGCGUCUUGGCUUCGUGAAGUCCGCCAAGCUGGAGUUCGAUUCGGAUUGCGUUACCAUGUUGGAGAAUCUCUACGAGGAACACGGCGACACUCUGGCCCUGCAGUAUGGCGGAUCCCAGCUGGUACACCGGAUCAAGACGUACCGAAAGACUGCUCCCUGGGGCUCCCAGGGCAGCGAUGUCAUGCAGACCCUUAGUCGCUACUACAGCAAUACGUUCAGCGACACCGAGAAGCAGCACAGCAUCAAUAUCUUUCUGGGGAUAUACAAACCCAGCCUGACAAAGUUGGGUCCACCCAUCUGGGAGCUCCAAACGGAUUACGACAUGCACAACGCCUUCGUGCCCAGCACGAACAGCAAACCACUCACCGACUGGGUGCGCCACAAGGUGCGCGAGUGCCUGCCCCACUCCUGUGCCGACUCCAACAAGCUGGUGCGGGAGCUGUUCCGCGUCCAUAGCAGCGGCCUGGAGAUGAUUGAUGGGUACUCAAACUAUCAUCAAUCGUUCAAGUGGACCGACUUCAGCGAGCACAUAGCCUUUGAGAUCUGCCAGCUGGCCAUGCGCUACAUGCCCACAUUCCGCACGAACUAUAGUCCCUUCCAGCGGCAAAUUCAGACGUCGCGAAAGGCCCGCCAGAAUCCCUCGAUGACCGGCCAGAGUUCCACGGGUUCGAUGAACAGCAACUCGUCCAGCUCCAGCGAGGGUGACGACAGCUCCAGUGACGAGGAGCUGAGUGCCAGUUUUGCCGAGAAAGACGGAACCAACCAGACGGAAUCGACUGAGCCGGCUGCCUUAACUCUGGCCUCCAGUUUGCCAACCAUGGAGGAGAUCUAUGGAUGUAGUAUUAGUGCGCCCUCCAAGCACAGCAUGGCCAUUUACAAGAAGUACGUGCAAAUGGGAAAGCUGUCCAGUGGAGGGGCCCGACCCGCCCAGACAGCCGUGGCUCAGCGGGACCAGGAGCUGGCCAAGAUAAUGCGAGGAAUCACGCUGCGACCACUCAGUGACUAUGGCACGGACUCUUAUUUAAGCGUUCGGCCGCCAGUUGUGUCGCAGGAGAGUAAGCUGGUGUAUGCCGAGUAUUGCCGUACUAGGAGCACCUUUAAUGCGGUGCCCAAGCUGGAGCAGUUCGAUGUGCUCUAUCAGUAUGUUCAGGCACUGUAGGUUGAACUUGAGAAGUAUUUAAGUUAUCGAAAUGUAUUAAAUGUAAAUAUAUUAAAUGUAUUAUUUAAUAUUUAU